AUGGGUUGCAUCAGCUCCAAGAACGUCUCAUGUCUAACGGACCAGAGUCCCUCACAAGUCCCCGAACCCGACUUCUCCUCCACGAACCAGCAACAUCGAGCUUUUGUUGAUCAUUCAUUGGAGGCGAGUCACAAUAACCGGCGUUCAAGAAAAUCAAGGAGAUUGGGAGGUUCUGAUUUAAAAAUUGGUGUGAGCCUUAUUUCCGGGUUGUCUCAUAGGAACAUCGAGGCUGAGCAAGCGGCUGCUGGUUGGCCGGCUUGGCUCUGUUCCGCUGCGGCUGAGGCUGUCCAAGGUUGGGUCCCUCUCAAGGCAGAGGCGUUUCAGAAGUUGGAAAAGAUUGGACAAGGAACAUAUAGUAGCGUGUUUCGAGCACGGGAAGUAGCAACAGGGAGAAUGGUGGCUUUGAAGAAGGUAAAGUUUGAUAAUCUUCAACCAGAGAGCAUUAGGUUUAUGGCCAGAGAGAUUUUGAUUCUACGCAAACUCAAUCAUCCUAACAUCAUGAAACUUGAGGGUAUAGUCACGUCUCGUACGUCUAGCAGCAUUUAUCUUGUUUUUGAGUAUAUGGAACAUGAUCUUGCGGGUUUAUCCUCUAAUCCCGACAUCAGAUUCACGGAGUCACAGAUCAAAUGUUACAUGAGGCAACUACUUUGGGGGCUAGAGCAUUGUCAUAUGCGAGGCGUAAUACACAGAGACAUCAAGGCAUCAAACAUUUUGGUCAAUAACAAAGGAGUUUUAAAGCUUGCAGACUUUGGGUUAGCAAAUGUAGUCACACCUAAGAACAAAAACCAAUUGACAAGCCGUGUGGUGACUUUGUGGUAUCGAGCUCCUGAGCUUCUUAUGGGAUCCACAAGUUACGGUGUAUCAAUCGAUUUAUGGAGUGUGGGAUGUGUUUUUGCUGAGAUCCUAAUGGGAAAACCAAUCUUAAAAGGAAGAACAGAGAUUGAACAAUUGCAUAAGAUCUACAAACUCUGUGGAUCUCCAGCAGAUAGCUUCUGGAAGAGAACUAAGCUUCCACACGCAACCUCCUUUAGACCUCAACAUACUUAUGAAGCAACUCUCAGAGAACGUUGCCAAGAUAUAUCAUCAGUGACUGGUGUUUUUCUAUUAGAAACUUUACUUUCAAUGGAACCAGAUAAACGUGGGACUGCUUCAUCUGCACUUAACUCCGAGUAUUUCUUGACGAGGCCUUAUGCGUGUGAUCCUUCUUCUUUACCUAAAUAUCCACCAAACAAAGAAAUGGACGCUAAACAACGCGAUGAUAUGCGCAGGAAAAGAGCAAACCUCAAGCUACGAGAUUCUGGAGUUGGCAGGAAACACAAAAGACCACAUAGAGCAGAACAUGAUCCACACAGUUACGCUAAGCUGCCAAUAAGACAGGACACGUUUGAGGGCAAGAACAUACCAAAUGAGGCAUCUCGAGCCACAACAACAGCGCAUGGAAAUUACUACAAACUCUCUGACCUCCCGAUGACCACAGGACCAGCAAGCGGCUUCGCAUGGGCCGUGAAAAGACGGAAAGAUCCUGAUAAUAUCUCCACUCUAACCUACUAUCAACCAAGCUCAAGAAGCCAACUGAGCGAAACAAGUGUUGCUUUUGCUAAGAACACUUUCGCUUUUAACUUGAAACCAGGAAAUGACUCCGUUUGGGAGGUUCAGGGAGACGAUGAUGAUCACAUCAUUGAGGAGGUUCCUAGUGAGAGUAAGCUUAGCCGUAUUCAUGAACGGCACGGAUCACUUGAUGGGUCUGGUUUGGAUCUCAGCCAAAGAGAGGAGGAUUCUCCACUGAAAACCAAUCUAGAUCAUAUACAAACUGGAAAGCAGAGCAUAUCAGGACCGUUGAUUUUUAAAUCAGGCAAGAUUCAAGAAAUUUUGCAAAGGAAUGAAAGUAAUAUCCGGCAAGCUGUUAGAAAAUCCCACUUCCAAAGGGAACAAGAUGACAGAUAA